AUGAGAUAUAUCAUCCCCGUUAAGUACAGAAUUUUUAAGCAUGCUUUGCAGUCUGUGUGUAAAGUUUCGGUUGUAUUUCGUAGAUUCAAUUAUACCUGUAGUAAGUUGGUAGUUCCUGAAGCACCAUCCGACAAGAUUUUGGGUUUGAAUGAUUUAUUUAAGAGGGAUCAAAAUAAGAAUAAAGUGAAUUUAACAGUAGGGAUAUAUAAAGAUGAAAAAGGAUCGGUGACAACAUUACUUUCGAUUUUAGAAGCUCAGAAGAUUGUAGAAAAGUCAAAUAAUCAUGAUUUAUCAUAUUUACCAAUAGCAGGACAUGAAGGGUAUAGAAAAGCUGUUAAAAGGUUUUUAUUUGAUGAGUGCGUAUCUAAAGGUGAAAUAAUUGAGCAAGAGAGAAUAAGUUUAAUUCAAACAUUAAGUGGUACUGGUGCAUUAGCAAUUACCUCAAGAUUUCUUUCAACCUUUGUCAGUGAUACUGUUUGGAUAUCUGAUCCAUCCUGGGUUAAUCAUGACAAUAUAUUUGAAAAGAAUGGUUUUAAAAAUAUAAACCAUUAUUCGUACGUUAAAAAUGGAAUAUUGACUGUGGAUGAAUGGUUGGAUGAUUUGAAAAGAGAUCCUGGAAAAGAUAAGUCCACUAAACCACAAGCAGUCGUUCUGCAUGCCUGUUGUCAUAACCCAACAGGAAUUGAUCCCACAAAAGAGGAAUGGGAAAGAAUCUUAGAUGAAAUUUAUAAUUUAAAUAUGAUACCCAUUGUAGACAUGGCAUAUCAAGGUUUAGACACCGGUAAUCUUAAAAAUGAUGCAUAUUUGUUGAAAAUGAUACUAAACGAAAAGAAAUAUAAGUCUUGGAGCAAUGGUAUAUUUGUAUGCCAAUCGUUCGCAAAAAAUAUGGGUUUGUAUUCUGAGAGAGUUGGCUCAUUAUCCAUUGUAGUCCCUCCAAACAGUGAAGGAUUAAAAAAAAAUAUUGAUUCCCAAUUACAGAAAAUAGUAAGAAGUAUUUAUUCUUCUCCUCCAAGUUAUGGUUCUAAAAUUGCAUAUUCAGUACUCUCUGAUCCUAUAUUAAAAGAAAAAUGGUUUCAAGACGUCGAAAAAAUGGUUAAUAGAUUGACUCAUGUACGGAUGGAGAUGCAUAAACGUUUAGAAUGGCCGGAUUUGAUAAACAAAAAUCAGCAGCAUGGUAUGUUUUACUUUAUUAAUCUCAAUGAAAAACAAAUUAAGUACCUAAGAGACAAAUAUUCAAUAUAUCUGACACUAGAUGGACGGAUGUCUUUAAGUGGAGUGAACUCAUCGAAUAUAGAUUAUGUCUGUGCGGCAUUAAAGGAUGCAAUUUCAUAA